AUGGCAGCACUUUUCGAAGAAUUUGAUCAGUUAAAGGCUGAACACAUAUUACUUCGCGAGCAAAGUGUGGAACUAAGAAGAGAGAACGAAAGGUUAUUGCAAGAGUUGCACGAGAAAAAGCUCAAGCUGAAUGCGGUAACCGCAGCUAACAAAGAUUUGUCAACCGAUCUCGAAACAACAACAACCAAGUUUGGUGCAGAAGUGAAACAACUAAACGCAAAUUUAGUAAUGUACAAGCACAACAUUAUCGCCAAUCAAGAAGAAAUUAAGAAACUUCAAUUGGAGGAAAGUCAAAUGAAAACGCUCAUUGCCACACUAAGCUCGCGUAACAAGGCUCUGGAGAUAGCGCUUUCUUCAAAAUCAUCAGCAGCUACGCAGCAUCAUCAGGAAGAUUGCGAUCACUUGGAGGAAAUUGACCAGCUCCAGCAGAAACUUGAAAAGACGGAAUGCAACCUUAUCCAGACCCAGGCCGAGCUCGUUCGUCUGAUGGAAGACAAUGAAUAUUUCAAAGAAAAAUACACCGUCGCAACUACCAACUUGGAAAACAAAAAGCAAGAUAUCGAGGAACUGCACAGCAUACUUGAAGCCGCUCAGGAGCAAACCGCGUUGAUGGCUGCUGAGCUUGAAAGAAUGCGAUGCAAUCCGAAUAACGCAAAUAUGAAAGGAAACUCACUAUUUGCGGAGGUAGCUGAUCAACGGAAGAAGUUGAAGAAUAUAAUCGAGAAGAUGAAAACGCACUACUUUGCCCUACGAAACGAACAUCGUGACUGUCCGGCAAAGAUUCGACAGCUACGUGUGCUGAACCUGGAAGCAACCAAUCAGUAUGAUCAAUGUAGAAACAUGCUUCAUGGUGCAGAGAAAAGCUACACUCUAGCCCUACAGGAGCAAAUCAAAGAUAUGGUCCAACGACUGGACAAAGCUCGCAUCCGUAUCAGUUUCUUGGAGCUAGAGCUCGUAUCCAAUAGAUAUGAUUGGGCAGGCUGUUUGAUACAUUAUUACAGAGAUGAGAUCGAUAGCUUGGAAAUGCGUCUUCAUUCGUUCCAAUUCAAACACCGCACCGCUGAGGAGUUGCACUGGACGGCAACAAAAGAGCUAGCCAAGUGGCGCCUUGAGGCUACUCGCUUGAGAAUGAAGCUGGCUAAUCAAAAUGCCGACUUUUCGGAGAAAGAACACGAAUUGUUUGAUGUAAAUCCAUCGAACGAAUUGAAGCCUUUUGUAGACGAAGAAAACAAUGAGGUUUUAUCACAUAUAAAACCGAUAGCCAUUUCCCACUGUUCACUUGCUACGGCCUCACCGGCAAAGGUGCAGGAAAGUGAGGAAAAUGCAAUGGAUUUUUCUGACAAUGCAAGCAAGAAAAGUGUACCGGUUAAUCCACUCCGCGAGAUACAAAUUGCUAGCAACACGUGCGAUGAUGUCGUCUCAUGUUUUGCCAAACCACCAAAGACGGACAAUGCUGGCUCGUAUCGAGUUGCAUCGGUGCGAAACGUGAAGCGGGCCAACAAACGGCUGGCACAGCAACCCGAAAAAGGCUCGAGAAUGGUAACCCGCCGCCGGCAUGCCAUGUGCUCUUCAGGAUGCCAUCCGCGACGCAUUCCUUAA